UCACGCGAUGAAUAAAGGAACUCUUUUCGCCCAAUAACAACGCGCGAAUGGCGUUGAUUUGACACGAGCUCCGUAACCAUUGGCCAAAAAUGCCAAUGUUCUUCUAUUGACCGCGUGAUGUCGCUGAUGCUAAGUGAGUCCGUAGGUGAGUAUAGACUUCGUGGCGCCUAGCAGCACCCAGGUGGCAUCCCCCCCCCCCCAGCACCACCACACGAGCCACUCGAUUCUCUGAUAUCCAUCUUUCGAUGCAAGCAUGUGCGACACGUGAAUGUGAUUGUUUGGCACAGUUGUGUCUGUUCACGUUCUUUACCUGUAGGUGGUUGACGCAGCGUGUUGAAUUUUAUCGAGAACUGCCUUAAAAUUACGAUGGAACUGUCAUUAGAAGCCGUUCCUGAGACGAUCGACUUUCCCGGCGAAGAAGAAAAGAUACUGGAAUUGUGGAAGAAAUUGGACGUAUUUCAAACUUGUUUAAAACAAUCAGAAGGAAAACCAAGAUACUCGUUUUAUGAUGGACCUCCAUUUGCCACUGGUCUCCCACAUUAUGGUCACAUUCUUGCUGGCACAAUAAAAGAUAUUGUGACACGCUAUGCACAUCAGAAAGGAUUUCAUGUAGAACGACGAUUUGGAUGGGACUGCCAUGGACUACCUGUGGAAUUUGAAAUAGACAAAACUUUAAAUAUACGAGGUCCUGAGGAUGUUGCUCGCAUGGGCAUUGAUAAAUACAAUGCAGAGUGCAGGAAAAUAGUGACUCGAUAUGCAAAAGAUUGGGAGGUCAUUGUGGGCCGUCUGGGUCGCUGGAUAGACUUCAAGAAUGAUUAUAAAACAUUGUACCCAUGGUUUAUGGAAUCUAUUUGGUGGGUUUUCAAAGAACUUUUUAAUAAAGGACUUGUGUACAAGGGAGUGAAAGUGAUGCCAUUUUCUACUACAUGUAAUACACCUUUGUCUAAUUUUGAAUCUGGUCAGAACUACAAAGAAGUUGUGGAUCCUGCAGUCAUGGUUGGCUUCCCUCUAAUUGAUGAACCAGAUGUGCAACUUAUUGCAUGGACAACUACACCAUGGACUCUACCAAGUAAUUUAACUUUAUGUGUUAAUCCAAAUCUUCAGUAUGUUCUUCUUCAAGAUUUAUCCACCAAUAAGAAGUAUAUUUUAAUGGAAGAUCGCAUUAGUGCAUUAUAUAAAACUGAAGAUCAGUACAAAAUAUUAAAACGCUUUAAAGGGGAAACUCUCAAAGGGAAAAGAUAUAAACCUCUUUUCCCAUAUUUUCAACAAAUGUCUUCUAAAGGUGCGUUUCAAGUUCUUAAUGACAACUAUGUUACUGCAGAGUCAGGAACUGGUAUUGUACAUCAAGCUCCUUAUUUUGGUGAAGAUGAUCACAGAGUGUGUUUGGCUGCUGGCAUUAUCACUCGUGAUCAAGAAGUUAUUUGCCCUGUUGAUAAUAGUGGACGAUUCACUUUCCCAGUUGUUGAUUUUCAAGGCCAACAUGUGAAGGAUGCUGAUAAAAAUAUAAUAAAAUGGUUGAAGGAAUCCGGUCGGCUGGUUAAUGCUAGUACAGUGAAACACAGUUACCCCUUUUGUUGGCGUUCAGAUACACCUCUGAUUUACAAAGCUGUGCCAUCAUGGUUUGUCAGAGUGGAACACAUGGCAACCGAUCUUCUUCGUUGCAACCAGGACACAUAUUGGGUACCAGACUUUAUCAAAGAAAAGAGAUUUGGCAACUGGUUGAAAGAAGCCAGAGACUGGGCUAUUUCCCGUAACCGAUAUUGGGGCACGCCCAUUCCGUUGUGGAUAUCAGAUGAUGGACUGGAAAUUGUGUGCGUUGGCAGUAUUAAGGAGUUGGAGGAGCUCACCGGCAAGAAAGUAAAUGAUUUACAUCGGGAAAGCAUCGACAAUUUGGAAAUCCCAUCUCACCGUCCUGGACGCCCCCCGCUCCGCAGGGUGCCUGAGGUAUUCGAUUGCUGGUUUGAAUCUGGAUCAAUGCCUUAUGCUCAGUAUCAUUAUCCUUUUGAGCGAAAGAAUGAAUUUGAGGCUUCUUUUCCUGCUGAUUUUAUUGCAGAAGGCAUUGACCAAACUCGUGGAUGGUUUUACACCUUGCUGGUGAUUUCAACAGCCCUUUUCAACAAGCCUCCUUUCAAGAAUUUGAUUGCUUCAGGACUAGUUUUAGCAUCAGAUGGACAAAAGAUGUCAAAAAGGAAGAAAAAUUAUCCAGAUCCCAUGGAGGUGGUGAAUAAAUAUGGAGCAGAUGCUUUAAGGCUUUAUUUAAUCAAUUCACCAGUGGUGCGAGCUGAAAGCUUGCGUUUUAAAGAAGAUGGUGUUAGAGAUGUGUUGAAAGAUGUCUUUUUGCCAUGGUACAAUGCAUAUCGUUUCCUUGUACAAAAUAUUGAAAGGCUGGGCCGUGAAGAUGGAAAGGUGUUCCAAUAUACAGAAGGAAACGCAUUGUCAGAGAAUUUAAUGGAUCGUUGGAUUUUGUCUUUUACCCAGUCGUUGAUGCAGUUUGUUCAUAAAGAAAUGACUGAAUAUCGAUUGUAUACUGUUGUACCACGUUUAGUGAAAUUUAUAGAUAAUCUUACCAACUGGUAUGUGAGAAUGAAUAGACGUAGAUUAAAGGGUGAAGGUGGUGUCGCUGAUUGUGAAAAUGCUUUGAAUACUUUGUUUAGUGUUCUCUAUUCAAUGAUACAUGUAAUGGCACCUUUUACUCCAUUUCUUACGGAAUUGAUGUACCAAAAUCUUCGGCGGACUGUUGCUCAUAAUAAUCCCAGUUCUGACAGUAUUCAUUACUUAAUGAUGCCUGAAUCUAAUACAUCUCUAAUAGACAAGAAUAUUGAACAAGCAGUAUCACGAAUGCAGACUGUAAUUGACCUUGGCCGCAUAAUAAGGGAUCGCAAGACACUGCCUAUCAAAUACCCACUUCCAGAAGUUGUAGUAAUUCAUCAGAAUCAAAAUGUAUUGAAUGAUGUGAAAUGUCUGGAACGCUAUAUUCUUGAAGAAUUGAAUGUACGACAACUAACUUUGAGUGCAGACAAAGCAAAAUAUGGAGUUUCGCUGAGAGCAGAGCCUGACCAUAAAGUGCUUGGUGCCAGAUUGAAGGGAGCCUUCAAGGAAGUGACCAGUGCUAUCCGGGAACUUAGUGAUGACAAAUUACAGAAGUUUUUAGUUGAAGGGCACAUUGAACUUCUAGGGCACACAUUGAACGUUGAGGACAUAAGGAUAAUGUUUCGUUUUGCCAGCGAUUCAAAUGCAGAAGUUGCUCAACGUUAUGAAGCUCAUGGAGAAAACGAUAUGUUGGUGUUGGUGGAUAUAUCUCCAGAUGCUAGUAUGCAGGAAGAAGGACUUGCCAGAGAAUUCAUAAACCGCAUUCAGAAAUUGCGGAAAAAGGCACAUUUGGUUCCAUCAGACCCUGUUACUGUUUAUUAUGUAGUUGAAUCAGAUGUUAGUGAUAUUGCUUCAAUUGCAGUGUCACACAAAAAUUUCAUUGAGUCUAAUCUGAAGACACCAUUGCGUCCAUUUCCAUCAACUCAACUGAAUAAUAUUAUUAUUGAAGAAAAACAACAAUUGAAAGGUUCAAUGUAUGUGAAUGUAUGUUUGGACAACAAAUUGCAACCAAGACUUGGUGCUACCUCUUCAAGAGGAACAAUCCUCCUUGAAAAUCCUGCUGGUCAAAAUAUACUGAAUUUACAGCAACUUAAAGAGGAGAUCAACAUAUUGUUUGGAUUAUUUGGAUGCCAUUACAACUUGGGACCAUGUGCUAGCCCUGAAAAAUUAGCAGGCCAAACUGUAUACAUCUACAAUGAAAAUACCAAAUUUGAAGGAAGACAGUCAUGUUCGCUACCUCAAGUACCGUUUAUUAAUGUCUCUGCUGGACAGAAAAAAUUCACAUUCUUGUUAGAAAAUCCUAUGGGGUAUACUCUAACAGAUAUGGUGAAAUUGAGAAGAAUGAUUACUUCAGCUCUGGGAGUUGAUGAAAAAACAUUCUUACAGAAAAAUGAGUCUUUAUUUUCAGAGAAUAUUCAAAAUGGUGCUACCUUGGUGGUAAAAUUGUGAAAUUUACAUUGUAACUUAUGAAUUUGAUUUCAAAAUAAAAAUUCCAUUUGAAUUUGU